AUGUGGGGUUUGGCCCAACGACACGGGUGGGGGUGCGAGAAGAAUGAACAGGCGGGUUUCAGGUGGUUGAGGCGGGCGGCGGAGCUGGCGGUGUCGGAUCUGGAGAAGGAGAAGCAGGGGGAUAUGAGCGCUGUGAGGUCGGAGCUUGUGCUUGCGAUCUAUGAGGUUGGACAGAGCUUCUUCCGGGGUUGGGGAGUGCAGAAGGACAAGGAGAUGGCAGUGCAAUACUAUCGUGUCGCGGCGCGACUAGGCGACCCGGAUGCUCAGCAGGAGCUCGCAUUCUGCUUGUUGAACGGGAAGGGCUGCAAGAAGGAUAAGAAGGAGUCAGCCAAGUGGUACCGGGCUGCAGUUCAACAGGGAGUGAGUGACGUCGGACUCGCAUGGAUUUACAAGGAGAAAUACCAAUGA